UAUUUAUGUCAUUGAUCAAAAUGAAUGUUUCAAUGUUUUAUCUAAAAGGAAAACAGAAUUAGAUUACUCUUUAAAUAGAAGUAAUACAAAAUUUAUACAUAUUUUUAUAUAAUGGAUGACGAAACCUUAAAUAGACUUGCGGUUGAAGCUUUAUUGGAAGAAGCUAAAGUUGGAGCUAAAAGAGCUGAAAUAAUGGGUCCUAGUGGAUGGAUAAAACCAAAAGAAUCUAUUAAUAAACGAUUUCUUCAUUCUACUCUACGUAACGUUGUGCUUUCAAAUAAGUACCACAUAAAAAGAAAAGAAAAAACAAAAGAGAAACAAUUACAUGAACAAGAAAGUACUGUUAAAUAA